AUGAAACGCCGAAUGGGCAUCAGAAGCUGGGUCGCUGAGUCCUCAACCUCAGUGAUUCCCUCCUUUCUCCCUCCUUGCUCCAAUGGUCCACCAACGAGUCCACCAGAAGGCCCCAAACGCCGGGAAGGCUGCAGCAAAGACCCGAAGACGUCGAGGCUACUUUUGACAAGCCAAUCAAAACGAGUAACAGGGGGUUGCAACGACUGGUUCAUGGAUGGCCAGACAUGCGACAUGCAGACGCCAGGUUGGCGGCAAAACUUGGUCUUCAAGGUUGCUAGGCUGGCAAGAAGCCAUGAAAGUCAUAUCCGGUCUUGCCCAGCCAUAGUAUCUGGGCAUUUGACCACCAGCUCAGCUCCCUGGGCUCGGCGGUGCCUCGACUUCUCACCAGCCCUCCGCUCAGUUGACUGCCAACUCACUACCGGAAUUAGUUCUGGUGCUACCGGCCGGUGCUGCGGACCCAACAUUUUGCAGAAGUCAGGGCACGGUUGGAAAGCCGGGGCCUGGAGCUUCAGGGGCUGCCAUCAUCCCAGAAUUUUGACAGUCAUGUCUCGCCUCGUUGUGGCACUUGAUAAAACCUGUUGA